AGAACAUGACCAAUCCGGCAGAAGUCCCGUCGCUCCCGCAACCGGCGGCGUCCCUGCAGCCUCGUCUCUCGAUUGCGGCCGUGCCUGCUAGCGCCGCCGAUGAUUACGAUCAAGACAUCUACGCCUACCUCCGGUCCAUGGAGUCCGCUCCCAGGCGCCGCCCAGCGCCGGACUACAUGGCGCUCCAUACGAAGCGCGGCCACCCGGUGACGCCGGCCUUGCGCGCUGUCCUCGUCGAGUGGCUCUCGUCCCUCGCGCCGAUCCUGCGCUUCGAGUCCAGAACACUUCACCUCGCCGUGCUCUGCCUCGACAGAUUCCUGUCCACGGCCAGGGCCAGGCCGGCCUUUCGGUCGGUUCGCGUGCUCAUCACUAUCACGGCUGCGGCGCUGCUCGUCGCUUCCAAGUACGAGGAAGUCUACCCAGCUGAAGUGGAGGAAUUCGUAGACGAGACCAGCCGCACGAACGGCGGCUGCAGCACGGAGGAGCUGCUCGCGGCGGAGGUCGCGGUGCUCAAGGCACUCCGGCACGAGCUGGGAUCUCCUACGGCAUGCACCUUCCUCGAGCUCUUCAUGGAGCGCAUCGGAAUCGGCGACCAGGCUGCUGCCCAGCUGACUAGCAGACUCAUUGAGCUGAGCCUCCUAGACUACGGCAUUCUCCGGUUCCGGCCGUCCGUUGUGGCGGCGUCAGCCAUACUCGUCGCGCUGAUGACGGCGAGGCCGUCCGACGACAACCCAUGGGGCCACGAGCACGAACGAGCGACAGGGUACACGGCGGAAGAGCUCAAGGAGUGCGCCGAGAGGUUGAACCGGUUGCAACAGAACAGCGUCCAGUACGCAUCGUUGUCGGGGUUUGAGAACAUGAGGAAGAAAUACAGCAAAUCCAAUUUCAAGUGCGUGUGGACCUGGCCUCCUCUUGCUUCUAUUUGACUUCUGCCCAUGAUUAUGAUAAGGAGUAUACUUCUUUUGA